CGCGCUUGGCCGCGCGCGCCCCUGCCCGCGGCGCGUCCCCGCCCCGGUGCAGCCCCUCCUCCCCGCCGUGUUUAUUAGGGGAAGGAGGGCGGAGGCGGAGGCCAGUUCCCCAGCUCCAGCCGCGGCCGUCUCGCGCCUGCUCGCUCCGGGGACACAGAAGGCGCGCGAGCUCGGGCGUCCCCGCCCCGGCCUCUCCCGGAGCCAUGAACCCCAGCUGCGCUCGGUGCGGCAAGAUCGUGUACCCCACGGAGAAGGUGAACUGCCUGGAUAAGUUCUGGCAUAAAGCAUGCUUCCACUGCGAGAUCUGCAAGAUGACACUCAACAUGAAGAACUACAAGGGCUACGAGAAGAAGCCGUACUGCAAUGCACACUACCCCAAGCAGUCCUUCACCAUGGUGGCCGACACCCCGGAGAACCUGCGCCUCAAGCAGCAGAGCGAGCUCCAGAGUCAGGUGCGCUACAAGGAGGAGUUUGAGAAGAGCAAGGGCAAAGGCUUCAGCGUGGUGGCAGACACCCCCGAACUCCAGAGAAUCAAGAAGACCCAGGACCAGAUCAGCAAUAUCAAGUACCACGAGGAGUUUGAGAAGAGCCGCAUGGGUCCCAGUGUGGGCGAUGGCCUUGAGCCCGAGCGCAGAGAUGCCCAGGAUGGUGGCAGCUACCGGCGGCCGCAGGAGCAGCACCACAUCCCGGCCAGUGCCCCGGUCUACCCGCAGCCCCAGCAGCAGCCUGUGGCCCAGUCCUACGGCUACAAGGAGCCAGCGGCCCCAGUUUCCAUACAGCGCAGCGCCCCAGGCGGGGGCGGGAAGCGGUACCGCGCCGUGUACGACUACAGUGCUGCCGACGAGGACGAGGUCUCCUUCCAGGACGGGGACACCAUUGUGAACGUGCAGCAGAUCGACGAUGGCUGGAUGUACGGGACGGUGGAGCGCACGGGCGACACCGGGAUGCUGCCGGCCAACUACGUGGAGGCCAUCUGAGCACCCAGGCAUCUCCAGCACCUUCCAGAGCAUUCCAUGCCUCCAUCACCCCCCAUGUCUCUGCUUUCCCAAACCCGAGACAGCGUCUUUCCUCCCCCCUCCUCGGCCAGUUCCCCUCCGCUCCUUGCUUCUCUCUCUGACUGGAGCAGGGGCACGUCUCUCUGCAGGAGGCUGGGCCCCUGGGGCUGGUCUGAAUAUCCCCAGGGUACCUGCCUCAGCUUUCUCUCCUACCCCCUCACACCCUCCUGCCCACUUCUCGCACAUGGAACAUUCCAGAGCUGGGUGAGCCCAGAUGCCCAGAACCCCCAGACAUUCCUCAGCAUGGGACCCCACCUGCCAUGGGCACAGGCUGGGUCCCGCUCUAAGGCAGGGCCCAGUGAGGAGGGCUUUGCCCUGGGGUGCAUUUCUCCCUCUCCAUGUAUGUCCCUUUCACACUGUGAUUUUUAACCCCCCCAACCUGGUUGGGGGGACUCCCCCCAGGGGUGGAGGAUGAACAGCUGCAGACACAGAAAGGGGUGUUUGCUCCCACCGCCCUUUUCCUCACCCCACCUUCAUCUCCCCCACCCCCCCUCCCAAAUCUUCAGGGACCCAGAUUUACCUUCUUGGCUGGAAGCUGGGGUCCUGAAGGGAGGUGGGGGGGUUGGUGGCAAGGAAGCCUCGGGCCUCUUGGCCUGCGCAGGGCCAGCUCCUGAGACGGUGUUGGCCAGGCCCCCCAAUCCUCAGGGGAAGAUGGCUCGUUCCUGCUGGCAGAGCCACACACGGGGCGCUCUCACAUCUAGGACCUAGUGAUGGACGAGGGGUGUGGGUGUGGGCCAGCUGGUGUGAGCAGAGGCAGUGAGCAGGCGUCUGGGGGUAUAUGCUUGAUUGCAGACUGCGCCCCCACCCCAGUUUCCUCAAACCCACAAUGAGGGGAGACAGCCCUGCUUCCCUGGGAAAACGGCUUUCCCCGGGCCCCACACAGGUCCCCGCCCGUCCCCCCAGCGUGCUGGGCUACGCACGGGCAGGAUGGAUGUAGGGGCUGGAGAUACUGAUGGGGGAAGAAGGCUUUCUGGAAACAGCAUUCUGUUCCCCCACCUCAUGUGCCCUGUCUCUAGAGAUAGGGGACAAGUUUGUGUGUCUCCUACACAGAGGGGUGCUUCACUCUGGGCCCCACCCCUAAGCCCCCCAGAGCAGAGGGAGGUCCCAGGGCUACAGAACUGGAAGCACAGGCCCGGGGAGGCCGAGGGAAGCCGGUGCUAUCUCAAGGUCCCUCCUCCCCGUGGCGGCUGGGACCGCUCCGUCCUGGUUCCCCUGUGCUUGCUCAUCCCCUGAGUCCUCGAGAGGGUCUGGGACUGCUUGUGGGAUCACCCGGAAAGGAACCUCCAAAUCGAGGCGGGACCUGUUAGACCUUCCCUCUUCCUGUAGCCCAGCUAAGAGGGGGGCUGGUGGAGCGUUUUAUAUUGGGCAUGUUUGUGGGAGGGGAAUGCCUUCAUUCAUUCCAUUUCCUCUCAAUCUCAAAGCACAACAUGGAUUCAAGGUCAGAGAACACCUGGCUGAGGGCCCAGAGGGGUCCCCGGAAGUGGCCCUUGGUUCAGGGCUUCCCCUUCCUUUCCAAGCCAAAAUCCCCACCACUGGAAUCUCGCUGCAGGCCCUGUGCCCCUCCCACCCUAAAAUGGGGAGCUAUUCUGACUCCUCCAGAGAGAGGAGGGACUGUCCCACUGGUGCUGAGGGGGACCUUGUUCCUUUCCAGAACCUUCUGUGGAAGGGCACAGACUUGGAGGGCCAGGCAAGCCCUCAGUCUUUAUUUCACAUCACAGUGGUCUCGUAUUCCGUCCACCCUGGGAAGGAGACAGGUCCGAGCUAGAAUGUGAGCCGGACUUCAGUGGACCAAUAAUAAAUACAAGAAGUUGGACAGAGAAAGGGAUUUCUCUCCACGUCGCUUCCUGUUUUCCUCCUGUCCCUCAAGGGAAAACUUUCCUGCUUCAUUUCUGCCCUUUACCCCCCUCACACAUGCACUUUGGCUCUCCCCUACCCCCCCGUUUUUUUUUUCUUUAAGAGCUGGAAAAAUAAAAUAGAACACCCCACAAACCUGUAUUUAAAAAAAGAAAUGACCAUGUGAGCUUUGCCGCUGUCCAAACAUUUCAUCCGUGUUGCGCUACCGUCCGUCCAUUCAUCUUUUCUAUGGGGCGGGGGUCUCCUCGGUCUGUUUUUGGUCCCCUCCCUUGUGGGCUUGUGCUUGGGAUCAAAUCUUUCUGGCCUGUUAUUGACUCUCAACAUUUAUUUGACUUGGACCACAAGUGAAUCUUUCUCCGUGACUCAAAUAAAAGUAUGAUUUUUACCUGC